CAAUUUUCUUUUAAUAUUUUAAUGCUGCCCAUAAAUUCCUCCGCUCCAAACACUUACUAAAGCUUACUGCAAUGUCCGAUCCUGCAGCUGCUGAAACUCCACUUUUAGAUGACUCAGUUAAAGGCUGCCUUGAUUUCAAAGGCAGACCUGUGCACCGUUCAAGCUCCGGUGGAUGGACUUCGGCUUCUUUCAUAAUUGCGGUUGAAGUUGCUGAGAGGUUUGCUUAUUAUGGAAUCUCUUCAAACCUCAUAACAUACUUGACGGGGCCUCUGGGUCUGUCCACUGCCGCCGCCGCUGCACAAGUUAACGCCUGGUCAGGGGUGGCCACGCUUCUCCCACUCCUGGGUGCUUUCCUUGCUGAUUCUUUUCUUGGCCGAUACCGUACCAUCAUUCUUGCUUCCCUUGUUUACAUUUUGGGGCUAGGCUUGCUGACUCUGUCAGCCACUCUUCCAUCUGUCACCACUUCCGGUGCCCCAAAUGCUGAUAAUGUCACAUUAAACACUUCAUCAAUGCUUCAGUAUCAAGUGAUACUAUUUUUCUUCUCACUAUAUCUGGUGGCAUUCGGACAAGGUGGGCACAAACCAUGCGUUCAAGCAUUUGGUGCUGAUCAAUUUGAUGCAGAACAUCCUGUGGAGUGCAAAGCCAAGAGUUCAUUCUUUAAUUGGUGGUACUUUAGUAUUGCUGCUGGUAUCUUACUGACGCUUUUGAUUUUAAACUACAUCCAGGAAAACCUUAGUUGGGUUCUUGGAUUUGCAAUACCUGCUAUUGUGAUGGCUGUUGGACUGCUUGUUUUUGUGCUUGGAACAAUGACUUACAGGUUUAGUGUCAAAGGGGAUGAAGAAAGCCCAUUUGUGAGGAUUGGUCGAGUUUUCAUUUUGGCCAUUAGGAAUCGUAAAAUAGCUUCUUCAGCAAUUGCUACAGAGGAAAGCUUGAAGCAAUUCAAAUUCCUCGACAAAGCCCUGCUUGCUCCAGACAGUACAAUGGAGCAAGGAAAAGUGUGUAGCAUGAGAGAGGUUGAAGAAGCAAAGGCUGUUUUAAGGCUUGCACCAAUAUGGGCUACAUGCUUGAUUUAUGCAGUUGUUUUUGCACAGACAUCGACAUUGUUUACUAAGCAAGGUGCUACAAUGGACAGAUCAAUUACAAGAGGAAUUGAAAUACCUGCUGCCACACUUCAGUGUUUCAUUAGCUUUUCAAUUCUUCUCUUCAUUCCUAUAUAUGAUAGAAUAGUUGUUCCUUUAGCAAGAGCCUUCACUGGGAAACCAGGAGGAAUUACAACGCUUCAAAGAAUUGGAACUGGAAUUGCUGUGUCUGCUAUAGCAAUGGUGAUUGCUGCUUUAGUAGAGAUGAAGAGGCUUCAAACUGCUCGAGAACAUGGGUUGGUAGACAAGCCAAACGUGACAGUUCCGAUGAGGGUAUGGUGGUUGGUCCCCCAAUACUCACUGUGUGGAUUAUCUGAUGUGUUGGCAAUAGUAGGUCUUCAAGAAUUUUAUUAUGACCAGAUGCCAAAUGAAUUAAGGAGCAUCGGUAUUGCACUCUACCUUAGCAUCCUUGGUGUUGGAAGCUUCUUAAGUAGCUUUCUCAUCUCUGUAAUUGAGACAGUAACUGGUAAAGAUGGCAGAGAUAGCUGGUUUGCAGAUAAUCUUAACAGGGCACAUCUUGAUUACUUUUAUUGGCUGCUUGCUGCACUUAGUGCCCUUGGAUUGGCUCUCUAUGUAUAUUCUGCAAGAUCUUAUAUUUAUGCUAGGCGAAGCUCGUCGUAAAUAGCUUCUAGCCCAUGUUGCUGGGAUACCUAAGAAAUGAAUACAGUAUAUCAUUUCAACAUAAAUAAAUUAAAUAAAUUUUGUUUUUCUUGA